GCACGUCGAUACAUUGCUGCCUCGUAAGUAGAUACAAUCACUCUCGGCUUCACUCAAGAAGCUAAUACACGCCCCCCUUUCCAGUCGUCAUGUCUAGCAAUAGCUCCAUCGUGCCAACCGUCGACAGCUACCUCUCGACCAUCUGCUCCUCCGACCCAUGCACAAACACUACCUUGACCUCGGUCGCCGAUUCCAUCAUUCAAGGCUGUGCUAGCGACUUGACCAAGUUUGGUGUCGACAACCAGACUGUCAGGGACAUGAUCGACUUGUAUCCCCUCGCCAGAGAGGUCGUCUGUCUCAAGACCGAGGAUCCCGAGAGCCUCAAUAACGCUACCAUUCCUCUCGACUCGACCGCUUACAACACUACCAACGGGACUUUCUGCGUGACCGAGCUCCUCACCGAUCUGUCCGGAUACAUAGGUGCCAACCUCACAACGAAAUACAUUGAAACCGUCGUUCUCGGUGGCAAUGGAUCUGCUCUGCAGAUCCUGGAACACGUCCCUAUCGAGGCCAUCUGCACCGACUGCAUCUUUGCCGCGAUCGAUGUGGUUUACACAGAGUACCCCGCCAUUGGAAACUACUCAGUUGGCAAGAACAUGACCAUUGACGGAUGGUUGAAUAUGACUUGCCCAGCUUACAACACCACCACGAACGGAACGCUCCCCGCUUCCAUUGAUGAGGUCGCUGCCAACUCGACCUUCCCCGAGACCAUCAUCGGCGCCCAUGGAACUUACACGCCUGGUUCCGCUGCUGUCCCUGCACCAACCCUCAACUCAACCAACGAGCAACAAUGGGGAAUCGCCUCCCUCGUCGGAGCCUCAGUCUACAGUACCGCCGCUGCCGCCGCCACCGACGCUGUCCCCACCGUCACCGGAAUGCCCAUGAUGUCUGGAGCACCCAGCGCUCCCGCCAUGCCUUCCGCCGCCGCCUCUGGUAUGCCCUCUGGCGGAGUCAUGAGCGUCAUCUCUAGUGCUCUUGCCAGUGGUGGACCUGCCGGUCCCGCCGGACCUGCUCCGACUCUUCAAGCUCCUUCUGGAUCCGUGAGCGCUCCUGCUGCUCGACGAACCCUCGGAAACAUGCAGGAGAAGAAGCGAUGGAUCGGAGAGUGGUAAAAGCGAUGGUCAACUAGGAGGUUGAACUCGAACGAGGAUUGUUUUUCUUGUACGUCUUUCGAAACGCUAUAAAUGCCGCGGAUCGCACUGCGUCCGUACGACUCCUCUAUGCACAGUCUACAUACAU